GUACGGAGAUCAAGAACAACAGAAAGUAGGAAGGACAUGUGAUCUUCACUAUUUUGAAGGAACUAUCUGAGCAGUGAUAUUUUUACUUUGUAUGGGAGGCAGGAAGCAGCACAACUACCUGUGGAGAUGGGAAGUACAACCCCCCCGGUGUACCUCAAUGUGAGUGCAGAGAUGAACUCGUCAUCAGACCCAACUGAGAGUGAGGAAGGUUAUAGUGAGGCAGUCAUGAUCCUGCUGGGCAUGAUCAUGUCUUUACUGGUUUUGUGCAUCGUCUUUGGCAACAUACUGGUCAUAACAGCGAUCGCCCGCUUCCAGCGUCUCCAAAAUGUCACCAACUGUUUCAUCACAUCCCUGGCCUGUGCCGACCUCGUCAUGGGUCUCAUCGUGGUUCCUUUCGGUGCUUGUUACAUCAUUUUCAAGACCUGGCACUUUGGUAGUUUCUGGUGCGACUUCUGGACUGCGACUGACGUGCUCUGUGUGACUGCGAGCAUCGAGACCCUGUGCGUCAUAGCUAUAGACCGCUACUUGGCCAUCACUUCUCCGUUCCGCUACCAGUCGAUGCUGACCAAGUGCAAAGCUCGCAUUGUGGUGGUGCUGGUGUGGGUCAUCGCCGGCUUGAUAUCGUACCUGCCCAUCCACAUGAAGUGGUGGAUAUCAGAUGAUCAGAAAGCCAAGGAUUGCAUUAAGGACAGUAACUGCUGCGAGUUCUACACCAACAUGGUUUACGCCAUCACUUCCUCCAUCAUCUCCUUCUACAUCCCUUUGGUCAUCAUGGUUUUUGUCUACAGCCGCGUUUUCCAGGAGGCCAAGAACCAGCUGAAGAAGAUCGACCAAAGCGUUGGACGUUUUCAUAAUAGCGACAACAGCAACUUAAAAUCUCUAGAGGCCAACAACGGGCGUGUCCACAAAAAGGUAAAGUUUUGCCUGCGGGAACACAAAGCCCUAAAGACAUUGGGUAUCAUCAUGGGGAUCUUCACUCUGUGCUGGCUGCCAUUCUUUCUGCUCAAUGUGGUGGUGGCCAUAUGGGAGGUGGAGAACAUUGACCUCACAUUUAGGAUACUCAACUGGAUAGGUUAUGCGAACUCUGCCUUUAACCCGCUCAUUUACUGCCGGAGUCCUGAAUUCAGGUAUGCAUUCAAAGAAAUCCUCUGCAUGAAGAGGAAUCGCCUCAGCACCCCCGGACACGUGAAUGGAUACAUCUACAGCAGGCACAGCUGGCAGAGCGAGCAGCAGGGGAGGAGUAAGAACAGCUCAGAAGACAGUGAUGCCAAUGAAGGGUGUCUUGGGAAGGAAGACGUGGUCGGUGGUGCUGUGGACAAAGCAGUGGAUCCAAACGGGAAUUGCAGCAAAAGCCUAUCGACUGUAACAACUGCCCUGUAAACUUGGAGCUCUGAGACUUCUGUGAGCAGGGAAAUCCACAUGUGUUUACACUGCUAUCAUAAACCUUUUUUUCUUUUUUUUUUCCCCAAAUGACUGAUGAAGGUAAGGCCAGUCAGAGUGACUGGCAGAAUCUCUGUAAAGAAACUGUACAAACCAUGUUCAUCUGAGGAAAGCAUUUCUUUUCCCUGUUCAAUCACAGUGAGUAAAUACUGUAGGUAGAUCACUAUUCCUUUUUGUUACAUUGAUUAUAUUGACUUUACAUCUACCUCAUCACUUUUUUUUCAAUAUAAGUAUCUUAACUGACAUUCACAUUAACUCGCUCUCCCCAGGAGAUUACCCCGGGGCAGUAUCUCAGCUGUUUAUUUACUUUACUAAAUGGGCUGUGGAUUGUAUACCUGACAAUUCUCUGGCUGCAGCUGAGUUCAUGGGCAUGAUAUUUAACCCUGAAUUCUUCAAGAAAACCCCAUAAUUGUUAUUGACAUGAAAAAUGUUUUUGAAUUUCAAAGUUGCGGGAGGUUGUCAGCUUCUAUUGAGCACACCAAUUUGGCACGGAUAUCAAGUAACUUGUUUCCAUCAGAGAAUGGAUGAGGUGUAUGAAAAGAUUAAAAAUAUCUUUGGUGCUUUGCUUCAGGAAAUACAUUCCAAGUCACCCAAGAUUGUAAGAUUGUUAGUUUGCAUUUUUAUUUUCUUUCUUUUAAAUGAUUGCCAACGUGUGAAAGAUGAUCAGCAGCAGGUGUGGCCAAACCUCACUCUAUCUCUCCUCACUGCUCAGCAAUGUUGUGAGGCCCUGCUCCCUGCUGCAGUCUUUUGCAGGCUGUUGCUUUUGCGUUUCUGUUUCCAGCAGAUAGCACCAGAGAUAUGAAUGUUCACAGUACUCUGCAUCUCUGGUGAGAAACGCCUGUGGCCAUCCAGAGUUAGUCAUGAGAUAAAACUUGCAAGUUUGUGUACGCUCUAUCAAUCGGAUUCUUUUAUCAGCCCUUAAGAUAUCCAAUAUCUUUCAUUGCAAAGCCGAUGGCAUUAUGGAUAAUGUGGUUAAUCCCGAGUAUUGACCUUUAAAGCUUACAGCUGUUACUUAUAUGAAUUCCAAUGCACAUUUUUUUUAUGCUAUGCACAGCCCAAGCCUGUCACAUCUUGCAUUGUGUCAACUUUUAUGUGACAUAUAGAUCACUAUUUGUUGCAUCAUACAGCCAUCAGAGAAGCGUAAGAAAAACUAUCAAUCAUUCAUUUUCUUCUAUGCAACAGUAACAGUUGUCCCUUUCUUUGCACAAGCCUUGUUUGUUUAUUAAAUCUUGUGGUUGCUGCGUUUCAGCGUGUACAGUGUUUACUGAAACCAGAGAAGCCGUUUCCUCAGUCAUGGCACCAGGGUACAAACCACACGUAAUAAUAAACAGUGCGUCAAAAUAGCCAAGUGAUAACAAAGUUCCAGGCCCGAGACAUGGUUCUGGUGUCUACCCAGGCCAAUAAACAGAGAUGAGAUAGUGCUCCUGCAUAGUGCACCUUUGUCACCACUCCCUGACAUUUCCCAGAGUCUCCUCAGUGUCUGAGGAUGUCUGAAUCAAACUCGUUUAACAUUCAGAUAAGACACUCAGGGGUCCACAGAAGAGCGCUGUGAAAGUUGUUUCAGUCAGUUUUGGUCGCUCUUCUGCAGACAGUUCUUGAUGUCUCCAGGAAACGCCCUGAAUCCAGCUGAGCCCAGCCCAAUAAACACGAAUAAAUAAAUUAUCUCUGCUGUUUAGCUGCAGAAUCAGAUAACUCCCUCUGAAAAACAACAUGGAAAUAGAUUAGAAGAUUACCAAGUAUACAGUUUCCAAUUUGCAGGUUUUGAUGAGCUCCAAAGGGCUAACCUGAAAUUAGACUUUCUUUCUUAUCGCCCAUCUUGAGAUCGCAGGCUCUUGGAAAUGUCAGUUUUAUACUGAGGCGAGCAUUAGUGGACGAUGAGCACUUACUCUUCAGGACAAAUCAGCCACUUUCCCCCCACUCUAAAUGACUUGCAAGAUCAUUAGUAUCAAGAGGGGUAAUGAAGGCGUGGCCACAGAUGUAACCCCUUUCCCUCGUCAGUUUGGCUGUCUCUAGUAUGUUCUGAUCAAAGUGACAGCAUGCUAAAUGUAGCGACUGAAGCCGGGAGGUGGAGGGGGGGGACCGGGGAUUCUCUGCCAGUCUAAAUCGGUGUUAGUGACCUGUGUUUUAGUGCAUGUCGCAUUGCCUCUGCACGGAUAAGGUCAGGUGACGCCAUCAAAACUGUGAACUUUGUUCUCUCAGAGGAAUCUCUAUGUACUGUAUCGCUGGGUUUGGUCAGUGCUGUUGUGACAGACCUUAGGAAUAGACGUAAAUAUGGUGUCCUCAUACGUCAGUGUUUGCCAUGUGAAAAACAAGCUUUCCACUAUGUUGAUCUUUCUCUGUUUUUCUUUUUACUUUUUACAGCAAAGUACAUGCAAGGGGUUGAAUGUCAAAACAAAUAUUCCCUGGCAUCUUUUAGACAUUUUCACUGUACAGCAUGCACAAAGCACAAAGGAUUCUAGACCAACUUUCUUUUUUUUUUGAUAUGUUGUAUUUAUUCGCUCACAAUCAAUUAAUGCAGUGGCUUUAAAUUCAGUCCAUGCUGGUUUUAAAAUAAGUCGGUAUCUAAAACAUAUGUCAUUUUAGAGGCACUGCGCAAGCGAUGGUUUGCAUGUCUGCUUUAUAUUUGUGGUGAUGUGUUUGUGAUCUGUUUUAGCCUAAGUGGAGGAGGUUAUGAACUAUAUAUCCACACUGCUCCCUCCUGGCAGUGGCCUAUCCUUGCAUCUCUGCUGUCUCGGAGUUAUUAAUGGUUACUGUUUCAUCAAUACGCCUGUAUAAUAAGGCAUGUAAUUCAUGCCCUCACCUCCCCUGUGCUGGAGGACACAACACUGUUAUGUGCAAUGAGUCUUGAAUGAUUAGCUGACACUACCACAUUCCAAGCACAGCUGAUGGUUUGGAACCAUGCCUACUGAUGCAGACAAUGUACAUUCAGUUCUCCCGCUAAUGGCUGGUCCCAGAUUGCCUAUUUUGCCCACUGGUAUGGUUACACUGACUCAGCUAAAACAAAGGGGUCUUUUAAAAGUGGAUUAUGGGUUUCAGACAAGUCUUAGAGGAUAUUUUAUAAUGUAGCGUGCACAUAUCACGCAGUACACUCCGCAUUAAAUUAUACAACAUGCGUCUUGGAUUGAUAGGUUUGAAUGUGAUCCAAGUUUACGUGGGGCAAUGCCAACACUGUCCUCACAGUCCCCACUAUUAAAUAAGAGUCACUUUGCCCCACAAAACAACUCCCACUUGAUUUAGAUUAAGCUGUUAACUUACUUAAAGUCGCACUGUAUAGCACUUUCAUGAAACAUCUGACUUUGUACAACUAAGAGCACAUUUGAGCUCAUGAAGUACAAACUAUUUUGCCUGUUUCCCCCCCCUGCCUUGUAACAUACUAUUUCUGUGAGAAGUUCUGCAACUCCAAAUAAAGCGUCAUGAGAAAAGGAUCACUGCAGCAUCUCGGCACGGAUGCUGUUCAAGGUGGACACUUGUAAAUGUGAAUUUUCUAUGAUGGUUAAAUAUUGCUUCAGCUGUUGUAUGAGAACCUAUCACAUGUGAACUUUUCCUGUGCGCAGAGUGAAAAAAAAAAAAAAGUCUUUGUCACUCAGCUGAAUGUUUACUAAAUGUUUGCAAGCUAUUUUCGCACAAGUUCUUGUCACUGUUUGUUAAGGUAUUGGAGCCUGUGACAAUAUGUGGUGUCCUGUGGUAUUUAUUUAAAAAAAACAAACAACAAAUGUAUGUAACAUUUGUAUUGAAAUAAAUUAUUUACAUGUUG